AUGAAUUCAUUUACUAAAAAGAAUGGUGAAAUAAUAAAUGUAUCUAAUCGAGUUACUUCGAUUGUAUUACAAGAAUCAUCUCAUAUUGAUAGAAAUACUUUUGAAAGUCUUGGGUAUGAUCUGAAAUCAGAUUUUCUAAUCUAUGAUGUUACAAAGACAGUAUUAAAUGCUUUUAUACCAAUCGUAACACGUCAAUCAUCUAGUAGAAAAGAUUUACUUUUCAUAAGUAAAAAAUUACCAAUAAUGAUAAAACAUAAAAUAAUUUAUUUAUUAGGUAAUCAUGGUUGUGGUACUCAAAUACUUAAUUAUGAUUUUAUUCAAGAUAAUGAUAUUGAAUAUAAACUUUAUCAAUUAAUAAAUAAUUAUAAUUUUAAUGAUAUAAAUGAUUUACUUGAAUAUGCAAAUGAAAUUGAUAAUGUUGAUAAAAAAAAAUUAUAUAUAAGAUGGUAUUUAAAUAAAAAUUCAUUCAAAUUAAAUAAACAAACUAAUAUUAUUCAAAUAGGAGAAUAUAAUAUACCAAUAAAACAAACUAUAUUUAAACUUAUUAAUGAAGGAGAAUCAAAAAAAAUUUAUAAAGAUAUUACUGGAAAUCCAUUUACUAAUAAUUUAGUAUUUAUUGUAUUAAAAUCUACUAUUUAUUCACAUUCAAAGCAACUUACUGGAGAAAUUAAUAAUUUAGGUCCAAUACGUGCAUGUGGUUGUCAAUUGUUUUUAGAAAUCAUGUGGCGUAAUGGAAUAAAACAUAGUUAUCGUUCAAUAAAUAAAAAUGGUAUUAUUAUAAGUGAUUUAAUUAAUGAAAUUCCUCCGAUUGAAGUUAUUGUUAAAAGAUAUUGUCAAGGAACUGAUAAAAAUUCAUAUAAUGAUAUAUUAUUAAAUGAAAAUAUUGUUUUAGAUACAAUUGAUGGAGAAUAUAUAUGUGGUUCAUAUAUGGGAGAUGAAAAUAUAAGUGAAGAUUUAUUAAUGAAAAUAAUUAAUAUAAAACAAACAAGAAUAUCUGUAUUAAAAAUAUUAGCUGGAUUAAAAUCAUGUAAAGAUAUAUUAUAUAAAUGGAAUUAUUUUAAUAAUAAUAUAUUUAUUGAAUAUUUUAAUUUAAAUAAAUUUCAUCAAACAGAAAUAUAUAAUUAUAAUUAUUAUUUUUAUCAAAAUGAAAUAAAAAAAUUAUUAAAUAAUAAUAAAUUAAAAAUUCCUUAUCAUUUAAAAUAUUUAUGGUCAAAUAUUUCAAAUCAAAUUAAUCGACGUAUUCUUAUUACAAUGGAUUUAUUUAAUGGUAAACCAGUUUUAGUUAAAAGUUCACAAAUAAAUCAAUAUCAUAGUAAUUCAGAUUAUAUUCAAGCUAUGAAUUAUAUAUCAAUAUUUUCUGAUAUAUUAAUUAUUGAUUUAAAUCGAGUUUUUGAUCAAACAAAUAAAAUAAUUAAAGAAUUAGAAAAUAAAUAUUAUAUACAUACAGGUGGUGGUUUAAGAACAUUAAUUGAUAUUGAUGAUAUGCUUAAAUCAGGUGUUCGUCAUUGUGUUUUAUCAAGUAUGAAUGAUGAAUUAAUUAAAAAAAUUCCAAAAGAUCGUUUAAUUAUUGAAAUAAGUAUUCAAAUUAUUAGUAUAACAUUUGUUCAAACUGAAGGACAUUUAUUAGGAAUACCUCGUCAACAAAUACAUGAUCUUAUUAUUCAAAUACCAAAUUAUAUUGAAAAAAUUUAUAUUGCUGUUAUUGGAUCUUCUUUAUGGACAAAUAAAUUAACAAUUGAUUCAAUUUAUAAUUCAAUGAUUUAUUUUGAUCAAUAUGAAAUAGUACCAGCUAUUAUUCAAGAUAUUAAUGGUUUAGUUAAAGGUUUAUGUUAUAUGAAUAAACAAUCUAUUGAACAAACAUGUCAAACAUCUGGUCAUCUUCAAUAUGUUAUUAAAAUUAGUUUAGAUUGUGAUUCAGAUUCGAUUUUAAUUAUUGUUGAUUCAAAAAAUCCAUUUUGUCAUACUGGCAAUUAUAGUUGUUUCAAUUUACAAACAAGUAUUAAAACAAAUCUGUCUACAUUAUGUGAACAUAUUACAUCAAAAAUGAAUACAAAUAGUUAUACAGGAUAUAUGCAAAGAAAUUCUCAAUUAGUUCUUACGAAAAUAAUGGAAGAAUAUUGGGAAUUAGUAGCAGCUAGUGAAAAUAAUAAAAUUUAUGAAUGUAGUGAUUUAUUUGUUCAUAUAUUAAUAUAUUUAAAUAGUAUUGGUUUAUCAUUAGAAGAUAUAUCAAAUGAAUUAAAUAAACGACGAUGGACAUUAAAAACAUUAAUACAAUACGAUAAUUUAUGUGAAGUAAAACAAAAUGAAAUUCUUAUUGCAAUAACAAAUUCAAAAUAUUUUAAUAAAACAGAUCAAUUUGCUGAAAAUGAAUUAGGUAUUAAAAUUAUUCGAUAUUCAAAUAGAAAUCUUUUAAUUGAAGGAGAAAUAAUUAAUCAAGAGAAAUUUUCAAAAUAUUUUCCUCAUGACAGAUAUAGUAAAUUAUCAUUAUUACCAUGUAAUCCAAAAGAUAUGAUUUGGUUAUUAGCAUCAAAACGUAUUACACAUAUAAUUACUUAUGAUACAAUUAUUGAAAAUUAUCCAAAAAUUUCUACUCGAAUUCAUCAAAUAAUUGAUCCAACGAUUUAUCUUGCUUUAAUAUCUCGUCAAGAAGAUAUAAUAGAACCAGAUAAAUGGACUAAUAAAAAUAAACCAUUAAUUGCUUCGGAAUAUAUUUGUCAAUUAACAAAAUAUUUUCAAGAUAAUUCUAUUGAUUCUGAUCGAUAUCAUUUAGAUAAAAUAUCAGGAUCAUCUGAAGCAUUUUUAAUUAAUACAAAGAAAUAUUUAUUAGUUGAUGCUAUUGUACAUACUGGAAGAACUAUUCAAAGUAAUAAUUUACGUAUAUGGAAUAUAAUUAUACCAAAAGGACAAAUACAUAUUCAAAUUAAUCUAUAA